AUGACCCAUGGGGACAGUGCAGGUCCUGUUUGCAGCCUGAAGUUUGUGACUCUCCUGGUGGUCCUAGGUCCAGAACUCCUAUUCCUGGGAGCUGGAGUGCAGCUUCACGAAAAUGGGUAUAAUGGAUUACUUGUUGCAAUCAAUCCUCAGGUAUCCGAGGAUCAGAAACUCAUCCCAAACAUUAAGGAAAUGAUAACUGAAGCUUCUUAUUACUUAUUCAAUGCUACCAAGAGAAGAGUGUUUUUCAGAAAUAUAAAGAUUUUAAUACCUGCCACAUGGAAAGCUAAUAAUUACAGCAAAGUAAAACAAGAAUCAUAUGAAAAGGCAAAUGUCAUAGUGACUGACUGGUAUGGGGCACAUGGAGAUGAUCCAUAUACCUUGCAAUACAGAGGGUGUGGAAAAGAGGGAAAAUACAUUCAUUUCACACCUGACUUUCUACUAAAUGAUGACUUAACAGCUGGCUAUGGAUCACGAGGCAGAGUGUUUGUUCAUGAAUGGGCUCAUCUCCGUUGGGGUGUGUUUGAUGAAUAUAAUAAUGAGAAACCUUUCUACAUAAAUGGGCAAAAUCAAAUUAAAGUAACAAGGUGUUCAUCUGACAUCACAGGCAUUUUCUUGUGUGAAAGAGGCCCUUGCCCCCAAGGAAACUGUAUUAUUAGCAAGAUUUUCAAAGAAGGAUGCAUGUUUAUAUACAAUAGCACCCAAAAUGCAACUGCAUCGAUAAUGUUCAUGCAAAGUUUACCUUCUGUGGUUGAAUUCUGUAAUGCAAGUACCCACACCCAAGAGGCUCCAAACCUGCAGAACCAAAUGUGCAGCCUCAGAAGUACGUGGGAUGUAAUCACAGACUCUGACGACUUUAAUAACAGUUUUCCCAUGAAAGGAACUGAGCUUCCGCCUCCUCCCACAUUCUCUCUCCUACAGGCUGGCGACAAAGUCGUCUGUUUAGUGCUGGAUGUGUCCAGCAAGAUGGCAAAGGCUGACAGACUCCUUCAACUGCAACAAGCAGCAGAAUUUUACUUGAUGCAGAUUGUUGAAAUUCAUACCUUUGUGGGCAUUGCUAGUUUUAAUAGCAAAGGGUCAAUCAGAGCCCAGCUGCACCAAAUUAACAAUGAUGAUGACCGAAAGCUGCUGGUUUCCUAUCUGCCUGCCACUGUGUCAGCUGAAGCAGAAACCAGCAUCUGCUCAGGGCUGAGGAAGGGAUUUGAGAUGGUUGAAAAACUGAAUGGAAAAGCCUUCGGCUCUGUGAUGAUACUAGUGACCAGUGGAGAUGAUGAGCACGUCACCAACUGCUUCCUCACUGUGCUCAACAGUGGUUCAACUAUUCAUACCAUUGCCCUGGGUUCAUCUGCGGUCAAAAACCUGGAGGAAUUAUCACAUCUUACAGGAGGUUUAAAGUUCUUUGUUCCAGAUAAAUCCAACUCCAGUAGCAUGCUUGAUGCUUUCAGUAGAAUUUCCUCUGGAACCGGAGACAUUUUUCAACAACAUAUUCAGCUUGAAAGUAUAGGUGAAUAUGUUAAACCUCACCAUCAACUGAAAAACACUGUGACUGUGGAUCACAGUGUGGGCAAUGACACUACCUUUCUAGUCACAUGGCAGACCAGUGGUCCCCCUGAGAUUGUAUUAUUUGAUCCUAAUGGAAGAAAAUACUACACAGAUGAUUUUACCACCAAUCUAGCUUUUCGGACUGCUCGCCUCUGGAUUCCAGGAACUGCUAAGCCCGGGCUAUGGACUUACACACUGAACAAUACCCAUCAUUCUCCUCAAGCCUUGAAAGUGACAGUGACCUCUGGUGCCUCCCGCUCAGCCGUGCCCCCUGCCACUGUGGAAGCCUUUGUGGAAAGAGACAGCACCCAUUUUCCCCAUCCUGUGACAAUUUAUGCAAUUGUGAGAAAGGGGUUUUAUCCCAUUCUCAAUGCCACUGUAACUGCUACAAUUGAGUCAGAGACUGCAGAUCCUGUUACGCUGAAACUUUUUGAUGAUGGAGCAGGUGCUGAUGUUAUAAAAAAUGAUGGAAUUUACUCGAGGUAUUUUUUCUCCUUUGCUGUAAAUGGUAGAUAUAGCUUGAAAGUGCAUGUCAAUCAUUCUCCCAGCAUAAGUGCCCUAGCCCACACUAUUCCAGGAAGUCAUGCUAUGUACAUACCAGGUUACAUAACAAAUGGUAAUAUUCAGAUGAAUGCCCCAAGAAAAUUGGUGGGCAGGAGAGAGGAAGAGCAAAAGUGGGGCUUUAGCCGAAUAAGCUCAGGAGGUUCUUUUUUUGUGCUGGGCAUUCCAGCUGACCCACAUCCUGAUGUGUUUCCGCCAUGCAAAAUUAUUGACCUGGAAGCUGUAAAAGCAGAAGAAGAGGUGACUUUAUCUUGGACAGCACCUGGAGAAGACUUUGAUCAGGGCCAGGCCAACAGCUAUGAAAUAAGAGUGAGUAAAAGUCUACAGAAUAUUCAAGAUGACUUUAACAAUGCCAUUUUAGUGAAUACAUCAAAGUUAAAUCCUCAACAAGCUGGUACCAAGGAGAUAUUUACAUUCUCAUCAGAGCUUUUCACAAAUGGACCUGAACAUCAACCUGAUGGAGAGACACAAAAAAGUCACAGAAUUUAUGUGGCAAUACGAGCAGUAGAUAGGAACUCCUUAAAGUCUGCUGUAUCUAAUGUUGCUCAGGCAUCUCUGUUGAUUCCCUCAAAUUAUACUCCUGUAUUUGCCAGAGAUUAUCUUAUAUUGAAAGGAGUUUUGACAGCAAUGGGUUUUAUAGGAAUCAUUUGCCUCAUCAUAGCUGUAACACACUGUGUUUUAAACAGGAAAAAGAGAGCAGACAAGAAAGAGAAUGAAACAAAAUUAUUAUGA